AUGGGCGACUGGAGCUUCCUGGGGAACAUCCUGGAGGAGGUGAGCGAGCACUCCACCGCCGUGGGCCGCGUGUGGCUCACGGUGCUCUUCAUCUUCCGCAUCCUCAUCCUGGGCACGGCCGCCGAGCUGGUGUGGGGCGACGAGCAGGCCGACUUCGUGUGCAACACGCAGCAGCCGGGCUGCGAGAACGUCUGCUACGACGCGGCCUUCCCCAUCUCGCACAUCCGCCUGUGGGUGCUGCAGAUCAUCUUCGUGUCCGCGCCGUCGCUCGUGUACGUGGGCCACGCGGUGCACCGGGCGCGCGCGGAGGAGAAGCGCGCGGCGCGCGGGGCGCGGGGGCCGGGCCCGGCGGGCGGGAGGGAGCCGGGCGGCGGCCCGCAGGGCGCCCGGCGGUUCCGGCUGGAGGGCGCCCUGCUGCGCACCUACGUGGGCCACAUCGCCUGCAAGAGCCUGUUCGAGGCGGGCUUCGUGGCGGGCCACUACCUGCUGUACGGGUUCCGCAUCCCGCCCCUCUACCGCUGCAGCCGCUGGCCCUGCCCCAACGUGGUGGACUGCUUCGUGUCGCGGCCCACGGAGAAGACCAUCUUCAUCCUGUUCAUGCUGUGCGUGGCCGCCGUGUCCCUCCUGCUCAACCUCCUGGAGAUGAGCCACCUGGGCCUGAAGCGGGUGCGCUCCGCCUUCCGGGGGCGCGUGGAGCCGCCGCCGCCCGGGGAGGGGCCCGAGACGCCCCUGCGCUCCAUCGCCGUGGCCUCCGUGCAGAAAGCCCAGGGCUACCAGCUCCUCGAGGAAGAGAAGAUCGUGUCGCACUACUUCCCGCUGGCCGAGGCCGGCCUGGGGGAGGCCAGCCCGCGGUCCGCCCAGCCCUUCCGGCGGCUGGAGGAGAGGAGGGGCGCGGGGCCCCCGGGGGGCCUGCCCGGGGCUGACCCGGAGGCGCUGCGGUCCUUCGCGCAGGUGGGAGCCCCGGGGUGUGAGCGCGACGAGCAACCGGGGGAGGAAGGGGCGGACCCCGAGCGGGUAGCGGUGGCGGAGAGGCAGGAAGGGGAGAGAGUGAGCACCGACGGGCGGGAGACCCCGGCGGUGGAGGGGGAGGACGAGGCCUCCCGGGUGGGGAAGGAGGGGGAGGAAGGAGAGCUACCGGCUGAGAAGGUGGCGAAGCAAAGGCUGCCGGCCGAGAAGGCACCUUCCCCGGGUGCAGAGCUGGCUGGGGAUGACACCAGGCCCCUGAGCCGGUUGAGCAAAGCCAGCAGCCGGGCCAGGUCCGAUGAUCUGACCGUAUGAGGUGGUGCCAAAGGAAGAAAGAGAACACGCGAGCUGGCCUAGGGGGCCAGGCGAAAGGAAAAAUGCCCACAGGAGCCGAGUCUUCUGCCCCUCCCCUCGCACCCAUGCCUGGUCGCACAGUGCAGGCUGCACAAUCAGUGAACUGUCUUUCCCGUAUGUAAGGGCUACCAAGACAAAGCCAUCAGUCUCCUAUGGCUGCCCUGCCCUCUACCCCAGCGGCUGCGGGACUCUGCAUCGGUCCCCAUUUCUCCAUAGAAAUCCUUCUGAUCAGACUUACGACUGCCUCCUACCUUUGUACUAGCCUUGCCUCAAGCUCACUCAGUGGACUUUGUCACCCAGCCCUUCCCCAGCAAAGACCAUGUGGCCCUGUACCAGGAGUUCCAAAGGCAACCUCUAGAGCAGUGGUUCCCAA